AUGUCUCAACACGGAGCGGCUUUGCAAACUUAUAAUCAAGAACUUGUCAAAUGUUUAGAAGAUGUUAAAUCCAAAAAGGCAAUGAUACAAGCAGAAAUAGAUGUUGAGGAAGAAGAGCAACAUAACCUAGAACGGGAGAUUAAAAAAUUGCAUUACAAAUUAGCGCAAGUAACUGAUAGUCUAAACAAAAAAAUUUUAAUAAGAAAUGAAUAUAAUAGAAUAAUUACAGAUACGGAAGCACAUUAUAUGAAGAUUGUCGAUAGCUCGCAAAUGCUAUUAGCUGUUGUACAACGAGAAACAUCGUCAUUAGAUCAAUCAUUGGGAAAGUCUAAGCCAGAGAAGUCGCAAUCACAUCCUACAUGGCUAACCGUACACCAUCCAUAA